GAUGCAGUCAAUAUAUGACGAAUUAAGCAUUGAAAUAUUCAAAUGUAUACCAAAUCCCAUAAACCUUUUAGUUUCAAGUCGUAAAUGGCAUAAUAUUUCUCAAGACCAUCAUGCCCGGGCUGCUUGGUUAAUUUAUAAAUAUGGUAGAGCGCAUGCAUUAUUUCACGCUGUGAGGAUCGGCAAUAGCUUCAUAACGGUAGAAGUUAUACAAGCUUUGCUUUCAAAAAAUGUUAUCCUUUCAAGAUAUUUUGUUCAACGGAUGCUCAUGCAUUUCGGUAAAUAUGAUGAGAAUCUUAUUGAUCGACUUGAACUCCAAAAAAAAUUAACUUCGCCUUGGGGAAUAAUUCGUAAAGAGUCAAAAUCGGAUAUUGUAAGUUCCUGUCUUAUUCAAGCAAUUAAACCAGAAAGAAAAUUUAAAAAAACUGAUUUAUUAGAAUUUUUAAUUAAAAGAGUUGAUAAUCCUAAAGAAGCUUUAAAAAAUGCAUUAGAUCAUCAUAAAGUUGGAUUCAAGUUCAAUGCCAAAUCUAUUAAAACAACAAAGGAAAUUAGAUCGUUAUCUGUUAACUCCAAUCUUUAUUAUUGGAUUCUGAAAAAUUAUGGUCCGAAUUCUGAAGUAACUCAGAAAUGUUUUGAUGACAUUAUUGAGUCCAGAAUUUGGGUAGAUUUAAAAUUACAAGAAACUCCAGAUAGAGAAGUUCCGGAGGGACUGACUAUCGGCGCCUUUAAUUCUAUUUGCUCAAUUUAUUUAGAAUUUUGUGAAGAGAAGGUUCCAUUCAAAGCGAAUAUUUUGCAAUAUUUACAAUUGAUUAAUAAUUAUGAAAUAAUAAAUCCAUUUUUUACCUAUUGUAUUUGGUAUACAAUUAAUAGAGGAAUUACCUUUGACGAUUAG